GAAGACUGUUAAAACAAAACAAAACCGAACUGAACCGCCACACAAACACAAUAACCCUAAAACUCCACCCACUCCAACACUACCGACACGGCGGCUCCUCCUCCUUCAUCACCUGCACUUCUACUUCACACUCUUAUUCUCGCUGCUUCUCAUUUGCAGAUUCGAAUUUCAAAUAGGAAGUUGUUGUGACUUUUGAAAAGCCGUUGAUUCUAAUUUCUCGGUGAAAUGGAAAGUAAAUCCGCUGGUUCAUCUACUAACUUCGUAGAUCAAUUAGUGUAUCCUGGCGAUGUGGUUCUUGACCUCUCUACCAUGACAAACCAGACUAUUAAGCUUGGAGGCGGUCUGCGUCAGGACGGUGAUGUGAUUUCUGUAAUGAAGGCUGGCCGGCUUAGGUUCUCCAAGCCUAAUAAAUACUGGGUUGAAAGUUCUCAAAAGAGGUAUGUGCCGCAUGCAGAGGAUUCAGUUCUUGGAAUAAUUGUCGACUCCAGAUCAGAUAAUUUUCUUGUGGAUAUAAAAGGACCUACUUUAGCAUUUCUACCGGUGCUUGCAUUUGAAGGAGGAACUAGAAGAAAUAUACCUAAGUUUGAGGUUGGUGCUUUGAUUUAUGUGCGGGUUGUUAAAGCAAUCCCUGGAAUGAAUCCUGAGCUGUCAUGCACUGAUGCCAGUGGGAAAGCUGGAGAGUUUGGUGCCCUAAAAGAAGGCUAUAUGUUUGAGUGUUCAACCGGUCUCUCAAGGAUGCUUCUCAGCACACCCACAUGUCCUGUACUUGAUACUUUAGGGAAGAAACUCUCGUUCGAGAUAGCAGUUGGCUUGAAUGGACGUGUUUGGGUCAAUGCAUCAUCUCCAUCUACAACUAUCAUCGUAGCUAAUGCACUUAUAAACUCAGAGGUAUUGAGUGGUGUCCAACAGAAAAUAAUGGCUGAAAAGCUGCUGCAGAGGGUCCAGUGACCAAAUAUCAAUGCUUCUGCAGGGCGAGCACUGUCCGAGACUACAACCACUAGCUUAGCUGUUCAAUGCAAGUUCCAUGGCAUUUAGAUAAAAUUAUAUGAGAUGUUCUUUGUUACUAGGAGUUCAGUUUUUCUGUUAUAUCAUUGCCUCCCACAAGAUAUUUGAUAAAAAAUCAAUCCUUAUCUUUUGUUAUUUAUAUUGUUCAUUUAUAGAAAUACAGCACAGGACUUGCAAUAUUUGUCUAAUUUAAACAGUUGAUGGUGCCAUA